GUCUAUUAUUAUUAUUGUUAUUCGGUCAUGAUUAUUAUUAUAUGUUUUACCAUUCAGUAUUUUAGUCGCCGCCGUAGCUUCGGUGUCGUACUCGUGCCGUUUGCGCAUCUAAUGCAAUCUUGUGUCGUUCGCUAUGUUAUUAGAUUUGUGGUAUAGCAGUAUUUUCGUGGUUCCACCCCGGUACGUUACUUAAGCCGGUAGUCGGUAUCUUUUGGAUUAAGUACUUACAAAUACUUAUACACACAUAGGUACAGUGCUGUUAUGGGAAUUGCAGUGCAAGGCGUGCCCUCGACAUGAGUUGUGUGCCUUGUGGAGAAUGUAAUUCGGUUUCCAAAGCGGAUUUGGACCGAUGGACGAACAGUCUCAAACAUGUCUUGGCCAACCCGACGGCCAUUCGUAUGUUUCAGGCAUACUUGAAUCAGUGCAAGUUGGAUUCGGCGGAAAUGCUCGAGUUGUGGAAAAUGUGCGAUUGCCUUUUGCAGCAUACGCAUAAAAAAAAACUAGACCACGAAUCGGCCAAGAUCAGUUCUGAUUACAACGCAAUCGUUGCUCAAGCCAACGAAGUCGAAGGACUGACCGGACAUCAGUUGAGGCGGUUGGAAGAAACAAAAUCGAGUUCUCCAAAAAAAAUAAUAGCCAGAGUGGAAAAGCUAAGGCAGACCGCUUACGAGUUGAUGCAACAUGAUUAUGGCUUGUUCAGGAAAAAACUGUUAAAAGACCUCAAAAAAUGAACUGUUCUAUUAAAUUAUUUAGUAUUUCUUAAUUAAACCUGAACAUUUUGUACAUAAUGUUAAUAAUAAAAGUGCUUGUUUUUAUUUCAACAGUUUUAACAAUGGAUUAGGUAUAAACAAAAUAUUAAUAAUAUCAGCUAAAGAUUAUAAUAUAAAGAUACUUUAAAAAAAAAAAUCAAUUU